AUGUAUUCUAAAGACUUUUAAAUUCCAUUAGAUUAUUAAGCUCUAAGGGAGUCACAAAUACAGCUUGACAAAAUUAUAGAUCAAAUUAAAUCAUAAAAGGAAUAACAAUCCUAAAAGUAAAACUCAUUAACUUAAUAAAAAUUCGAAUUUACUAAAAUUUUUUAGCAUUUCAAUAUUUCUAUAUCUCCCAUAAAAGAAUCUGAUAAUGAGAGUAAAGUAAAAAAUUAAAAAGAAUAAGAAGUUGAAAGAAUGAUAAUAUAAAAAGCUGAUGAAUUAAAAAAGAAAGGGAAUGAAUACUAUUUUAAUGCUAACUAUUAAUAAGCUACCAUAAUGUACACUGAGGCUCUUUAAUUAAUUUAAGAUAAUGUGAUUCUUUGGUUGAAUAGAGCAAUAUCUUAUAUAAAAUUAGAACAAUAUAAUUAAGCAAUAGGAGAUUGUUCAAAAGUAUUGGAGAUUGCCAAUUAAGGAAAAUAUAAUUUUAAGGAUAAUAGUGAUAACUAUUUUAAAGCAUAUUUAAGAAGGGCAUUUGCAUAUUUUAAGAUUAAUUAAUAUGAGAAUGCUCUAUCAGAUAUAAAAUAAGCUUUAAUAAUAGAUCCUAAGAAUUAGGAGGCUGAGAACUUAAAAACAGAUGUAGAAAGACAAUUGUUUUUACAUUAGCAAAAAUAAAAUAAUAAAAAUAGUUUAAAUGAAGUAAAGAAAAAAUAAAUUGAUUCCGAUUUAAAUUAUAAGGAUGUAAUAGAUAGUUUUUUUUUAUAAAAUGAAAACUUUGAUCUUUUUAAAGCAUUUUAAGUGAUGCAAAAGAAUACUGAUGAAUCAGCAGCCUAUUUUUAUGAUAAGAGGGGAAUUGAAACAUUAAUAUAAAUAAUAAAAUCAGAUGAAGAAACAUUACAUGAUUAAUACAACGUAUUUUAUCUUAAAAAAUUAGUUGAUGGCUAGUCUUCCAGCAUUGAUCUUAUAAUGUUAUUAAGAAAAAAAUUAGUUAUACUAGGAGUAAUUUAUAAGAAAAUACAAUGGAGUUAAUCUAUUGACUCAAAAAAUAAUAAAUUUGUUAGAGAAAGCAAAUUAAAAAAAGAAAUCAGCAAUUUACGAUUGUAUAAAAGAUUAUAUUGAUGCGUUAAAUAUUUUGACAGAUGAAAAAGUAAGGAAUUUUGUAUAAAUGAAUCCAAUAUUUGAGACUAAAUUUUAUUCUUAGAUAUUUUGUCCAAUAAUAAUCUUAUAUAAUACUGAAUUUGAAUUAGUAGCUUCUUUAUUAAGUUUAAGUGCAAAUUUAUGUUAUGAUAUUAAAAGUACUUUAAGGGUAGUAUUUUACAAUAAUAUAGAUGAAAUUAUAAAUUAUGUAAUUUAAAUUUUGGAAAAUGUUAAAUUAAGUUAAGAGUCAUGCAAUUUAUUAGUAUAAUUGUUUAAUUAUAUGUGUAAUUUAUUAAUUGAAGAGUAAUUUAGAUAGAAAUUCAUUAAUUAAAAUUAGAAUAAAGAAUUUUAUGGAUAUUUUUUUAGUAUUUUAGGAAAUGUUGAUUAAUAAUAUGAAGAGCUUUAUUAGAUAUAGUUAGGUUUUUUGAUAAAUCUUUUUUAUAGUAAUGAGAUAAUUCAUUCAGAAUAAUUAAUUUUUGAAUUGAGAAGUCUACCAAAAAUUCUAGAAUCUUUAAGCCAUAGUAAAAAUACAUAGAUUUUGGAGAGAAUAGAGAUUCUUCAAUCUUUUGUAAAGAAUCGUAAAGCAUUUUAGAUAUAAGUAGAGAAUUAGAAAUAAUUGACAUGAGAAAUGGUUGAUAAUUUAAUGAAGUUUGAUGUGUUUAUAUUUUAGUAUAUAUAGUGUUAUUUAAAAUUCGAAUAUUUAAUAAGAAUAUUGAAAUGUAGUAUCUAACUCGUCCAUAACAAUAAUUAUAGGAGAUUGUUCAAUAGAAUAAUUUAAGAGCGUAUAAUUAAUGGUAAUUAGUAGUUAUGGGAGUAAAAGUAAUAUUAAAUUAAGUAAAUCGUUUAAUCCAAAUGGAUUGAUGAGUUUGAGUCCAAUUCAAAAAACAAAUUAGAGCAUUGGAUUAUAGGGGAUUGAUUUUAAAUAAAUAAAAAGAUGUUAAGGUGAAGGUUUAAAAGGAAAAUAAUAUAAAAAGGAAUUAUUAAAGUUAAUGAGUAGUCAUCAGCAAUUAUCUACUUUGAAAUAAAGUCAUAAAAAUAAUAUUUCAGAUACAUAAACUAAUUUAAAGACUAUUACAAUAAUAGAUACUCGAAGAACCACUUCUAAUCAACUUCAAAAAUCAUUGAUUUAGAUAAUAUAAAAUUAGAGUAUAGUAAACUAAAUUUUUAUAGUGAUUCAUUAUUAAAAUUAGAAAUAUAAAUUUAUAAUAGAUGCAUAUAAAAAUACAGGUUAUUUAAUGGAUUAUUUGAAAUAAGAAAUGAAAAAGCAUUUAAUACAUUAAAAUAUUUAGAAUGAAUCUUAAAAGGAUGGAGUUAAAAUAAUUAAUAGAGUAGAUAAUGAGAAUAUGUAAAUGGAAAUUGUGAUAUUUCAUACAAUUGAUAAGAAUUUACCAAUAGAUUUUUAUAUAUAGUAAUUGGAUAAACCUUUAGAUAUAUUUAGUGGCUAAACUUUAAAUUUAUAGCCAUUUUAUGGUAUAGAUCAAGGGUUUUAAUUAAAUUUGAAAGAUUUUAUAUUUAUAAAAUGUAUAGGUAUAGGAGGAUUUUCAAGAGUAUAUUUGGUGAGGAAGAAAUUGGAUGGAAGAUUUUAUGCAAUGAAAUUAAUAGAUAAAGAAUUUAUUCUAUUACAUAAAAAAUAAGGUAGAUAAAAUAAAUAAAUAAAUUUAGGUAUUGUUUAAAAUGAGAGAGAUAUAAUGACUGUAUUAGAUCAUCCUUUUAUAAAUAAAUUGGAUUGUGCAUUUGAAUCUAAGAAUUUUAUAGUGUUUGUUUUAGAAUUUUGUAGUGGUGGUGAAUUAUUUUGGUAAUUAAGAUAAGUAAAGAGAAUGAAUGAAGAAUAAGCUAGAUUUUAUUUUGCUGAAAUUUGUUUGGCAAUUUGUUAUUUACAUUAAUUAUCUAUUGUUUAUAGAGAUAUAAAACCAGAGAAUGUUUUAAUAGAUAUGGAUGGUCAUAUAAGAAUUGCUGAUUUUGGAUUAUCUAAACCGAAUAUGACUGAAGAAGAUUAUGCAUAUAGUUUUUGUGGUUCACCAGAAUAUAUGGCACCUGAAAUGUUAUUAAAUGUUGGGCAUAAUCUUUAAGUAGAUCAUUAUUGUUUAGGUGCUUUACUUUAUGAAUUAGUUAUUGGAAUACCACCUUAUUAUUCUAAAAAUACUGAAGAAAUUUAUUAAUCUAUUCUAACUGAAGAAUUAACAUUUCCAAAUUAAUUCAAUUUAACUGAUUAAAUUAAAGAUCUUCUUAAAGGUCUCUUAUGUAAAAGACCUUAAAGUAGAUUAGGUUCUUAAAAUGGUUUAUAAGAAUUAAUGCUACAUCCUUGGUUUAAAGAUUUUAACUGGAUUUUAAUUCUUAAUAAGAAAAUUCAACCUCCAUUUUAACCUAAUUAAUUAUAAUUUCAUUAUGAUUCUAAUGAAUUACUUAAAGGAGAACUAGAAACGAGAGAUAAAAUAUUAGGAAAAACUGGUUUAUAAGAAAAUAUUAAGAUAUUCAAAUCAUUCUAUUUUGAUUCCAAAAAAUAAAAAUAAAUGAAAAUUGAACAAAAUAAAAUUCUUAAAUAACACUUUAAAAUGAUCUCUUAAAUCUAAAUGUAAUUGACUUAAAAGUACAAACCUUAAUCACCUGAAUCUCGUUAUUGUAAUUAAAAAUAAUAUAAAAUGAAUACAGAAUAAACAUUUUCUUUAUAAAAACGCAUCAAAUCUUAGUAAAGUUAUUUAUCUAAAUUUAUAGGUAGUCAUCUUUUGUUUAACCUUUUUAGACUAACACAUUAGUCAUUCCUUAAUAAUCUAAAUUGAUUGGUUUGAAAAAGAUGAUAUCUUAAAAUAAUUUAGUCAUAGAUAGAUUAAACACUUCUCCUACAAGUGUUGGAUAUCAUUCUAAAGAUAAAAUUAAUUAAUAAGUUUUGUUAUAAAAUGGAGUAUCAAUCACUAAUUUACAAUAGAGAGGAUCUUCACUUAAAUAAAGAAAAAAAUGA